AUGGGAACCUCUGCUGACCAGGAAAAAGACCAGUUCCGCUCCCAAGCCAAGCGGCACGCUUCUCAGAGAUCCGUUCCCACCCUGGCCGACUCCAACCCAACUUUCCCGUCUUCUGCAUCUCAUACCACCCGACGUACCACUCUCCACCAAGCUGGCGGGCUAAACACUCACAAUGGGCGCGGCAGAGCCCCAGACGCCACACAUGGCGAUCACGACGACGAGAAAUCCGCAGAUCUCCACACCCUGCCUUCAUCGUCCAGUACAGACUCUCCUCCAGCUGCAUCCGCGGUCAAGUCCGAAGAUGCGGGCCCUGGAGAUUCCACCAUAGAGUCGGGAGAGACUGUCAAGCAGAAAAAUCCCAUGACUAUUGCCCGCAUGAAAGCUGGAUCGGUGCGCUUUGUCGGCCAUUUUAAGCGAGCCAUUUGCCACAGCUGGAUCAAUGUCCUCCUUGUUGCAGUCCCAGCGGGUAUUGCUGCGGAGGCGGCGCAUCUCAAGCCUGCGGUCGUUUUCGCCAUCAAUGCGGUUGCCAUUGUGCCUCUGGCUGGUCUGCUCAGUCAGGCUACGGAAAGUGUCGCCACUCGAUUGGGUGACACUUGGGGUGCAUUGCUCAAUGUUUCCUUUGGAAAUGCAGUCGAGUUGAUCAUUUUCAUCAUCGCGCUGGUGAAGAAUGAAAUUCGCAUUGUGCAGGCAUCUCUUCUCGGGUCUAUUCUGGCGAAUUUACUACUCAUCCUGGGCAUGGCUUUCUUGCUGGGUGGACUUCGCUUCCGAGAGCAAAUCUACAACAGCACUGUCACGCAGAUGAGUGCUUGUCUGUUGAGUCUGAGUGUGAUGAGUCUGUUGCUUCCUACCGCAUUCCACGCCUCUUUCAAUGAGACUAGUGCCAACAGCGCGAACAACAAGGUCCUCAAAGUCAGUCGCGGCACCAGUGUCGUACUGCUCUUCAUCUACGUCCUCUACCUGCUCUUCCAACUCAAGAGCCACGCAUACAUGUAUGAGAGCAUGCCACAAGAGAAAAUCGACGAGGAGUCCCAUCCUGGUGUCCUCCACGACAUGAUGAACUCUUCGUCAUCUUCGGACGAUUCCUCCUCCAGCGACAGCUCGUCAUCGGACUCAUCUGCUGGAUCGGGAUCUGUUACCGCGACCACCAAGCGGAUGAAGCGAAUGUUCAAGAAUCGCAGACGUCGCAAGUCGAGCGCCAGCACGAGCACGUCGCACACUCCGGAGAUUGUCGUAUCGCCGUCCGCUCAAGAUGGUGCAGGAUAUCUCGAGUCUUCCAGCAGUCAAUCCGCUUCUCGUCGACCAUCCGCUUUGAGUGCCGCCAUCCACGAUGACGCCGAUGCAGACAAGGAGGACAAUGGCAUGACCAGGGCUUUCGAUUGGGCCACGAGACGUCGUCCAAGCAAGGCCGAAUCCGACAUGCCCAAACGCAAGAAGUUCAGCAGAAAGGAGAAGAAGCAGGAAAAGAAGCGUCUGCGUGAAGCCAGGAAGGCGGCCUACGAUGAGGGACUGACCGAAGAAUCUCCUGCUCCGAUUGAUCGUCCGAACCGCGUCGAAUUCGCUGAAGAUGUCGAAGUCGCUCCCACGCCCCAACCGCCAUCUCAGUCCACGGGUCGCCUGCCGUUUAACAUGCGCCUAGGCUCAUCCCGUGGACCCGUGCGACCAGCUUUUCCCAGCAUCCUGUCGAACAACGUCUUCGUCCAGCCAGCACCCACCGCAGCCCUCCAAACCCGUCCAGCUCCGGUUCGCACCCAAUCUUCCGCUUCCGGUCUCCGCCGCACUUCCUCCCUCCCGGACCGCCUCAACCGACAGUCCUCCACCCCACAACCAACCACGACCCAACCCACGCCCAUCCCCCGCGCCCGCUCCGUCACCGGUCGUCCUCUCUCUCUCGUCCAAUCCACCACCGACUCCGACGCCGAACCACCCAUGUCCCGCACCGCAGCCGUCAUGCUCCUCCUCUGCUCCACGGCCCUCGUCGCUGUCUGCGCCGAAUUCAUGGUCGACGCCAUCCCCGAAAUGAUCGAAAACAGCUCCGUCGUGUCGGAAGCCUUCAUCGGACUCAUCAUCCUCCCCAUCGUGGGCAAUGCCGCCGAACACGUCACGGCCGUCACCGUCGCCGCGAAGAAUAAAAUGGAUCUCGCCAUCGGCGUGGCGGUCGGCAGUUCGAUUCAAAUCGCUCUGUUCGUCACCCCGAUUGUGGUGCUGUUGGGAUGGAUUCUGGAUACGGAGAUGAGUUUGUAUUUCAAUCUUUUCGAGACGGUGAGUUUGUUUGUGAGUGUGUUUGUGGUGAAUUUUCUGGUCCUGGAUGGACGGAGCAAUUAUUUGGAAGGGGCGUUGUUGAUUGCGGCGUAUGUGAUUAUUGCGUUGGGGGCUUUCUUUUAUCCGGGGGAGAGGGAGUUGAGUUCUGUUGGUGGUGGGGCGGGAUAG